AUGCGCCUCGACGCCGACGGGACGCAAGCGCUGUUGCAUCUGACUGAUGUUAAGACCCACGCGCGGGUGCUCAACCCGAUCUUCUCGGAGGUCGUCUCGAGCCUCGACAUCUCGAUGCGACCCGAGCACGAGGCGUCGAUUCGACAUGACAACACGCGCAAGCAGCGAUGGCAGACGACGCUGGCGGCGCUUCAAGCUACCAUCGCCGAGCACAUUGGCGUCGUCACGGAAGAUUUGCGCCGAGUCGAGCAUUUCAGCACGGAUCCCGAGAUUCUGUGUGGGUUUCAACCCGAGUUGGACGCGAUCGCGGCCGCCGAAGAGGCGCUCACGAGUCUGUUUGCCAAGGCGCACAAGCACCGCGGUGACGACGCGCCUGCCAAGCUCGAAGCGCUUAAGAUCAGCGUUCGCAGUAUUGCCGAGACACUACGCGCUGCGAUUUGCAAGCAGCCACGCGCCGACGAUCUAGUGCCGCCGCUGGACGUGCAUGGGCACUGUGCUUAUCUCUUUCAGUUUGUGCACCGAAAGAACGUGGUCGAUGUGAUCGAACUGCGCGUCUGGGCCAUCGGCAGGGCGCUGGACAGCACCGUGGUCCCGCCCACUGAUGCGACGACUCCCAACCCGCAUAUUGAAGUGAUGGGCAAAGCCGAUUCCGUGGCUAGAGACUUGGAGAUGCAAGUGCUGCGGGCCGACCUUGUUGUGAUGCGAGCCGAGUCGCAGGCGCACUUUGCCGCCCAAGACAAGCACCAUCAAGAGCUAACACGGCAGCUCACAGCCGCGCUCGAGCAGCUCGGACAGCCCCACGGGUCGCCUCGCCGCACGCAGUCCUUUCCCGUCUUAGACCCGCGCCACCGCGAGCGCAGCAGCGUCGCUGACGCCGUGCACCAUGCGAUCUAGACCACUAUGUGGCGAUGCACCGCUGCAAGACCUUGAAUGGGGCGCAUCGGAACUCAGCGUGGCUUCUUCAGCUAGGCCAGCCCGGACCCCCAUCGUCGCCCCAAGACGUAGAAUCGUGUAUAAUCCAGUGUAUAAUCCAGUGUCGACCCGUGUUGAGGCGCGACCGUGUCUCUGUGCGACGCGCGCCAUUUUUCAC